AUGCCCGAUAUCACUCUAUACUUCGCCAAUGGGGCAUGCUCUCUUGCAUCCCAUAUUCUACUCGAAGAGACAGGAGUUCCAUACAAGGCUGUUCGAAUGCACCUGACUCCCCGCGGCGUUGAGUCCGUUGAUGGCACAAUCAGCCAUGAAGCCUAUUGCAAAAUCCACCAUGCCGGCCUAGUCCCUGCUCUCGCCGUUGAUGGAGAGGUAAUUACAGAAAGCAUUGCCAUUCUCGGCUUCAUUGCGUCGCUGAAGCCCGAGAAACACUGGGAGGGCAAGACAGCCAUCGAACGUGCCAAGGUUUACCAGUGGCUGUCUUGGACGGUUGGAACGUUGCACGGACUCGCCUAUGGCAUGAUGCUGCGCCCGGACCGAGUUUCUGUCAAUCCAGAUGACAACCCUAAGAUCAGAGAAAAGGGUCGUGGAGUAGUCCACGCGGCGUAUACACGAAUUGACAAGGCUCUGGUCGAUAGGGAGUUCCUUGUAGGCGAUUCAGACACGCUGGCGGACUUUUAUCUUGUCCCCUUCUGGCACUGGGCUGGGAGGAACGACAUCGAUAUGUCCCCUUACCCCAACUAUACGAGGCUAGUGAAGAGAAUCGAGGCAAAAGAAACGGCAGCAAGGGCCUUGAAGAAUGAAUCUGUCACACCAGCCGACAGAUAA